AUGCUGCGUCGUCCGUCGAAGAUAGCGGGAACACUGCACUCGCCGUCGAAGCUGAGGGCAGAAGCGAUCGCUGGUUCUCUCUGGGGCCCGAUCCUGCUGCGUCUCUGUCGAUGCCUGCAGCAGUGGGCGGGCCGCAAUCUCGAACUUUGAUGUUUCCCACUGCAGCAGCUGUCAUUUAUUUCGCCACCUCGGCAUGCGACAUCACCAGCACAGAUCGAAGCUCCCGAUGAUGAUGAUGUCUGAGAGCUGCUGAUUGAUACUUAUCCUCGCUUCUUCUUCGAUGGUAUCACCCUCGGAGUUUGGAUGGGUCGAGUCCGGUGCAACAUUGCCGAGUGAGGAGGAGUUGUUUGCCGUGGGGCCUUGAAGAAGGAGAAGUGUGGUCAGUGGGAGUGUGUGGUCCAAACCCUCUUUAGUUUAGGAGGAGAAAACGAUGGCCCCUAAUGGACAGGCAGUCAGUUACGAGGGGAAUGGGGAAUCCAAAAAGCCAUCUUUCAUGAGCAUCAACAGCGAGGAGCUGAGGAAACACGAUAAAGUUGGCGAUCUUUGGAUCUCUAUCGAAGGAAAGGUGUAUGAUGUCACCGAUUGGUUGACGAAGCACCCAGGAGGUGAGAAUGCUCUGAAGAGCUUAGCAGGGCAGGAUGUAACGGACGCAUUUUUAGCCUUCCAUCCUGGAACUGCGUGGUCUCUUCUACCACAGUUCCAGAUCGGGGUUUUGACAGACUACGAGGUUUCUCCUAUUCAAGCAGAUUACAGAAAACUCCUGACGGACUUGAAGAGGGCUGGUCUUUAUAAGAAUCCCCUUCACGUCUAUGGCCAAUAUUUGGCUGUGAUGAUCCCCAUGUUCGUCCUCUGUGUUCUCGGCGUGGUCUACUCACCGGGUUUUUGGAUCCACAUUGGAUGUGGAGUGCUCAUGGGGUUUUUCUGGAUACAAGCAGGUUUCAUGGGCCAUGAUAUUGCCCAUUCGGGAAUGUUCAAGACAGGCAUAGACAAGUAUCUGAAGCUUUCGAUAGGCUGCUUCACGGGCAUUGGUAUGCAGUGGUGGAGGAACAAUCAUAACGCCCACCAUUACUCCUGCAACUGUGUAGAUUAUGAUCCAGAUAUCCAGUACAUGCCUCUCUUCGCAAUCACGCCCAAGUUCUUCGCAUCUCUCUAUUCUAACUUUUAUGAAAGGAAGAUGGAUUUCGACGCAGCAGCUCGGUUCCUCGUAAGCUACCAGCAUUAUACAUUCUACAUUGUCAUGGCCCUUGCUCGAAUCAACUUGUAUGCACAAACGUUGAUAGUGGCUUUCACCAGGAAGAUGCCCUUCUCUACCCGGGCUUGGGAGCUUGGCGCCCUUGCAUUUUACUGGUCAUGGUUUUCCCUGCUCCUGUCCUGUCUGCCCAAUAAUUAUCACAGGCUAGCGUUUGUGCUGAGCGCUUUUGCAACAACUGGUAUUCAGCAUGUGCAGUUCGUGUUGAAUCAUUUUUCAUCCCCGGUCUACGAAGGUAGACCUGAGAGCAAGACAUGGUUUGAGUCACAGGUUAGAGGGAGUUUGAACAUUUCGUCAUCUCCUUGGACUGAUUGGUUCCACGGAGGCCUCAAUUUUCAGAUUGAUCACCACGUUUUCCCUACCCUGCCACGCCACAACCUGAGAAAAGUAGCUCCAUUUGUUAAGCCCCUUUGUGACAAAUACGAUCUGCCGUAUGAGUCUGUAAGUUGGUGGGAAGCAAACUUGAGGGUUUUACGGACGCUGAAGGCAGCUGCCAUGGAGGCUCGAGACAUAUCGAAGCCGGCUCCAAGCCUUUCCAAGAGUCUCAUUUGGGAGGCUGCCAAUGCCAGAGGUUGAUUAUCUCACCAUUGUGAGAGGGUGACAUAGUCCAUGUAAGUUACCGAUGACAUUCGUUUUCACCACAAUCUUAAAAGUGCGAGUCUUAGCUCAACUAU